AAACGGAAGUGGGAUAGUUAUCCUGGAUAUGACGUAGAGGUUAGGAAGCUUUUCAGGCAGAGUUUAGGGGCGUUAUGUCUGUGUUGUGUUCUGCAUAUGGUCUCUGUGCAUUUCCAGCUGCGGCUGAAGCUCCGGCAAACUCAGCGCGGACCUUCAACACAGAAACAUGGCCACUUCCGCGAUGAACAAGAGGAAUAACAGCGAUUCUACGACGACAGACGCUGUCAAAUGCGAGGAGGAUUCCCUGGCGCACUGUCGCGAAAUGAUAAAACCCAGCAUCAGUGAGCUGACCAAAGAAGUGAGGAAAAACAUCCUCUGCACUGUGGAAGGAUGCGGGAAGAUUCUUCCCAACACACCUGCAUUGAACAUGCACCUCGUUAAAUCGCACAGGAUAAAGGAUGGCAUUGUCAAUCCUACAGUCAGAAAGGACAUGAAGGCCACUCAGAAAGUUUACUGUUGUCCUGUGGAAGGUUGUCCAAGAGGACCUAACAGACCCUUCUCCCAGUUCUCCCUGGUUAAACAACACUACAUGAAGAUGCACGCUGAAAAAAAGCACAAGUGCUCCAAGUGCAGUAAUGGCUACAGCACAGAAUGGGACUUGAAGAGACACAUAGAAGACUGUGGGAAGACCUACCAGUGUACAUGUGGGUGUCCUUACGCCAGCAGGGCAGCUUUACUGUCCCACGUUUACAGAACGGGUCAUGAAAUUCCGUCAGAGCACAGAGUUCCUCCAGUAAAGAAGCGUAAAAUGGAGAAAUUGUUAAGUGGUUCUGAAAAGGUUAAGACAAAUGAUUUGCCCAACUCCAUAGUGCCUGCUAUGAAGGAGUUCACAGAGACCACUCUCCCUACUGAUUCAACUGCACACACUCCUGAUCCACUGAACCAGAGCUCCACCGCCCAUAGAAGCCUUCAGAAGUUCCUCCUUCCAAAACCCAAGAUGGCUUUGGUCAGUUUUCCUGUCAUGCAGUUGGCUCACCUGCCUGUCCUCGUCCCCUCUACUGAAAGCGGCACUCUGAGGUCCGUUGUUCUGGCAGUAGACAGCCAGUGUUCUGUCAGCACCCUUCAGCUCCUGCCACAAACUGAGGAUGGAAAUACAAAAAGCAUAGCUUUCAGGGAAAGCAAACCAGCUUGCUUCUCUAGCCAAGGUCCCAUCAGCACAGGAGUGCAGGUGAAUCUGGAGACUGUGGACCCAAACGAUUUGGCUGGACAGCAAAGAGGGAGCACCUCCACCAACAUCCAAAGAGAGAAAUCUAGCUUGUCGAGAAUACCGGCAGAGGUGGAGGAGGGGAUGGAGUUUGGCGGUCUUGUUGAGCCUUCCGUUUCAUCUUUCUCCCAAACGGACAUUAGUGUGAGUGCCCAGAUUCUCCUGCCAGUCAGUGUUCAAACUCAAACCUUCUUCUCUCCUGCCAAAGCCAAGUCAUCGAUUGGAGCUCAAACAGACGGCCAGAACCUGACCCACACCCCCUCUUCAACCCCCCUCCCACACAAAACCAGGCAGACACAGACACAUUUUUCCAUGCCACAGUUAGAGGAGAAGGUUCAAGACCCGGCUGUUAUGUGCUCUGACCUCUUUGGUACAGACUUCCAGAGUGUGUCCACCCAAACAACCCUGGACCUCGAUGAGUCCCUUGGCGCGGCAAACAGUACUAUCUAUCAGGACUCAAAGUCUGUGGGUGGCAUGAGUUUCGGGGUGCAGACACAAGAGCUUAGUUCAAGCAACAUGGCUGACAACCAGACCCAAACAAUGACUCUAUUAAACGAUCUGGAAAACAUUCUGUCUGGCAGCAUGACGGGCCACCAGGCCCUGGCUGAGGCCUCCACCGUCUGUGGCUCAGCCCUCUCCUCUGUUCAGGAGCAGCACACAGGAAUAGAGUUUGACUUUGAGGAGUUCCUCAAUGCCGUCCACAUUCAGACACAGACGGAGGAGAGUGAGCUCGGCGGGCUGGCUGGCGACUCCCCGCUAGAAUCUCUGGACAUUCAAACACAGACGGACUUCUUCCUCAUGAAUGAGUUGGACCAAAGUGAGGGAUCGAGCCGACCUCAAGCCAGCGACCUGGAACUGUUCGACACUCAGACUCAGACUGAUCUCAAUUUCCUGCUAAAUUCUGGAAGUAACUUACCUUUGAGCACCAUCCUGCGACAUUCAAGCUUUUCUAUUAGCACAGAGUCCUCAGACACUGAAACACAGACUGAUCUCCCCGCAUUUGCAACAGGUACUCCUUUGCAGACCCACAUAGGUCAGGGUGAGCAGGUCCGACUCUUGAACAGCACAGAGACUCAGACUGUAACCAGGCAGGCAGAAGGCUUAGGAAACCUCUUUCUGACCAGCAAUGAAACACAGACGGUCAUGGACGAUUUCCUGUCUGCAGACCUGGCGUGGAACAUGGAGUCCCACUUCAGCUCAGUAGAGACUCAGACGUGUGAGGAGCUGUGUGCUCUCUUUCAGCACCCAGACAAACCCAACAGCUGAGUUCCUCAUUAUAGGGGUUUCUGAGUCUUUGCAGUCUUUUAGAAGACCUAAAGGUCUUGUCUGUGCUCUGAAGGACCAUAACCUUGGCAGUAGGAUGCCUGCUACUAGACAUUUCUGACCAUUCCGUGAUGCCCAGAGCUUUUCCUGACCGUUCAGCUGCACUUUAUUCGCUCAGUGGGCAUGACUUCUCAACUCUUGUGACAGUUUACAUAUUUAUUUGCACAUAAAGUGACAUUGUGUGUUGUUGACUUAUUUUAAACCUAAAUGUUUUAGUGUAUAACCACUGUGACUGAUUUAUACUGGUUACUAGCAGUCAUUAAUAUGACAUUUCAUAAAUGUUAGACUUGCUUAUUAAUGGAGUGACUUCCUUGGCUGUAUUUAGCUGUGUGGAAAAAAAAAAGGAAAACUAGUCAAACUGUUACAGUAUGUGAUCGUUUUCGUGUUAUCAUGUCUGCACAUGUUUACUAUGCAAUAUUGUACAUUCGGUUUAUAAAUGAGGGAAACAUGGAGGACACAGAAGCAUUAGCUGGAUGUCUGCUCCUGUUCCCUUCAUGACUGACUCUUAAUAGAUUUAGCAAGCUUGAAAAAAAAAAAAAA